AAUGAGGCGAUGACGUCAUUUCUAACGUUAGCCAAGGGAUCCUGUGAACCUCCGAUAUUUCUGGAGCCGCUAGCCGAGGCAUUGCUGCACUUAAACUCCCCGUGAACAUUCGCGCUUUGAUUCCGCUUUGCGAGAGCAUGCUUGGUAGCAACGCCAUGAAACCAGGCGACGUUAUGACAGUCAAAAAUGGAAAGAGCAUUGGAAUAGUGAAAACGAGCAACGAAGCUUCACUCGCGCUGAUAGAUGCGCUGCUAUACGCGAAGCACUUUGGCCCGAAGUUCAUCGUGGACGUUUCCACCAUCUCUAAAGCCACCAUGGAAUCCUUUGGCAGAGUGUGUUGUGCUGUGUUCACUAACUCAGAGGAGCUUUGGGAACGCAUGCAAAACGCCAGCAUUCACACCGGUGAUCGUGUUUGGCGCCUGGCGCUCUGAGAUUAUU